ACCCGUGGCCGCUCCAGUCUAUGGAGGCCACCAGGAAGACCCCAGACUUGACUUCCGGCUGAAAUUUCCUUGCAGGAGCCGUGAAUUUCCACACUUUUCUGGUCAACAGCAGCCGAUGCCUUCCUCUCUCGCCAGGAAUGUGUCUCCCUUCCAAGCCUCGGGGGUGGAUGGGCAGGGCGGGGCACCCGGAAACCAUCCGUCCAGGGAGCUGCAGGGCGUUUUGCUGGGAGGCUGCUCCCCAGCCCACCAGCUCUCCAAAGCCGCUCGCCCGCGGUUCCAGGGGUCUGGCUCUGCCCGCAGGGAAAGGCUGCGAGCCACGCACAAAGAUCCCGCCCCGAGCGGAUCCUGCAGUCAUAACCCCCCAAGAUCCAACCCUGGUGAUUGGCUCUUCACUCACCGCAACUUGCUCAGUGAACUCCGACCUACACCUGAAAGCAGGGGACCUGUACUGGACUCUGAAUGGCAGACGGCUCCCCCCAGAGUCCUACAAGGUCCUCAAUGGCACCACCCUCAGCGUGACGCUAGCCAACCUGAACGGGUCCAGGCAGCAGUCAGGCGAUAACCUGGUGUGUCACAGCAGAGACGGCAGCAUCCUGGCUGGAUCCUGUCUGUAUGUGGGAUUGCCACCAGAAAAACCAGUCAACAUAACCUGCUGGUCCAAAAACAUGAAAGACCUCACCUGUAAAUGGGCCCCCGGCACGGAAGGUGAGACCUACCUGCACACCAACUACACCCUCAAAUACAAACUCAGGUGGUACGGCCGGGACAACACAUGCCAGGAGUAUCGCACGGCGGGGCAGUACUCCUGCCACAUCCCCAAGGACCUGGCCCUCCUCACGCCCUACGAUCUGUACCCGGGACCCUUAAUGCAUCUCUGCUCUGUCACCUCCUCCCUGCUGACAGUCACCACCGACCCGCCGGCAGACGUCACCGUGAGCCGCGUCGGCGACCUGGAGGAUCAGCUGAGCGGUCGCCGGUUUCUGUUUCAAGCCAAGUAUCAGAUCCAGUACCGGGUGGAGGACAGCUCGGAGUGGAAGGUGGUGGAUGACGUAGGCAACCAGACGUCCUGCCGGCUGGCAGGGCUGCGCCCGGGCACCGUGUACUUUGUCCAAGUCCGGUGUAACCCCUUCGGGAUCUACGGCUCCAAAAAGGCUGGGAUCUGGAGCGACUGGAGCAACCCCACGGCAGCCUCCCCGCCCCGGGGCGGUGGGGCGCAAGGGGAGGACCUCUGA